CCUGGUUGUUUUUCUAUUUGUGGCUCAUGUGUUGCAACAGCAACAUCAACUAGUUGCUUCCUUCUCUGAGUUCUUUCCUUCCUUCAUUCAUUUUGAUUCUGAAUCCUCACUCCACAAGCACAACACUCUCUCACAACAACAGAGAAGAACAGAAUAGAACAUACAUAUAUCAAUAUCAUAUAACUGAGUUUGAGAUAUGAUGUUGUUUCCAUACCAACAAGUAUUGCACUCUCACUGAGAUAUGCCUUUGCUUGAAGUUGGAAAUGCACACCCUUCCUUUCACCAUCCAAAUCCUUUGAGUUCACAGAAGGUUCAAAUACCAUGUCAUGGCAAACAGUCAUCAGUUUCAUUUGCCUUUGGUCUUGGGCAGUGUGUUCCUUGUUCUUGGAAAUACUUGGACAACAAACUUAAUCAUAACAGUGUGAAAUUCAAUGUGAUUAAAGCAGUUGCUGCUACCCUUGAAGAACCAAAGAGUUCUUUGGCUCCAAAGGGAAAUGAAUGGUAUGGUCUAAAUCCUAGUAAUCCACCGAAGGUUCGACUUGAACCUAUGAACCAAUCUUCUAAUGAAGAUGAUGAUUCAGAAGAAAUUGAUGAAAGGGAGAAGUUGAGGAGAAUGAGGAUUUCAAAAGCAAAUAAAGGAAUAGCACCAUGGAACAAAGGGAGGAAGCACAGUGCUGAAACUUUGCGGAAAAUCAAAGAGAGAACAAGGCUUGCAAUGCAGAAUCCUAAGAUCAAAUUGAAGUUGAUUAAUAGUUCGCAUCCGCAGACUAUCAAAACAAGAGAGAAGAUUGGUGCUGCAGUGAAAAUGACAUGGGCAAGGAAGCGUGAAAGGAGGGUGGUGCAGGAAACUUGCUGUCUCGAGUGGCAGAAUUCGAUUGCAGAAGCUUCUAGACAAGGCUAUGGUGGUCAGGAAGAGCUGCAGUGGGACUCCUAUGAAGUAUUGGAUGAAGAAGUUACUAUCAACUGUGAUCAUGAGUCCUUACCAUCUGAUUUUUCGUUCAAUCAGGGAUAUCGCAAAAGAGUUUGCAACGCUAUGACCAAGGAUCAUGGCACCAAAGGAUCCGAAACGAAACCAAGAAGGCAGCCAAGUGGUGAUGCACAAAGGAGGAAACCUACAAUGAAAAAAGAUACUAAAAUUGUUAAGCAGGUUCUGUCAAAGAAAAGCAAUGCACCUCCCUAUAAAGAUCCUUUGGUGAGUUCAAAGCUGGCAAUGAUAAAGAGCAUUAGAGCUCAGAGAGGUGUUACUGAAACUAAACAAGCCAAUGCCAUUGAACAAGCAAGAUUGUUGAUUGCUGAAGCUGAGAAGGCCGCGAAGGCACUUGAGGUUGCGGCAGCGAAGAGUCCCAUUGCUCAAGUUUCUCUCAGGGAAAGUAGAAGGCUUAUAGCCGAAGCAAUCGAAUCCCUGGAAUCGAUACACAAGCGAGGGACAAUAAGCAAUGCUGUUUAUGCUGCUAUGACACAAACAAACAAGGAACAAGAUGAAGAGUUUGAAGUUCUGAACCAACCAUUCAUGUUCCCAUUAAAUGGACACAAAACACUAUCAUUAAGUGAUAACAACAAGUUGGUUAAUGGUAGUUCAGAACUUCCUCUAACAAGUUCCAAUGGCUAUGCUUCAUAUGAUGCUAGUUUUAGCAGCAAGAUAGAGGAAGCAACAAGUUCAUCAUAUGAAGAGAAGGAAGCAGAACCAAGAAGAGCUAUUGUAACAAGAAAAUGGAUUUGUGGAAGGCUUGUUGAAGUAGCUGAAUAGAUAAAACAGUAGAGAGUUGUUAGAGAGGAACCUUAGCUUAGGUAGCUCAAAGUACAAACAUCUUCUUUAUGUUUGGUAAGUUAAAAGGAUAGUAUAUGUGUACUUUAUAUUUUUCAAAG